UAUCGUUACGACUGCCUUACGUGAUCCAUCACAGGACCCCGAUAACACAUCCGAUUUAACUAAAAAUUCCACCCCCACCUUCUCCAGCCCCGGAAUAAGAUAUCACAAUCAAGGUGGCACCGGCGGAAAAAAUAGGCUCUAGUAGCCGUAGUAAUCAUACAGCUACAAUGCUCGUUCCACCGGACAUGCUAGCUGCCCAAUCAAAGAUGGUGUACCAGCUGAACAAGUAUUACACAGAAAAAGUGCAAGCUAGGAAGUUACAAUCAUCGAAAACUAUACAAGAAGUUUGCAGAGUGGUGCAGGAUGUGUUGAAGGAAGUGGAAGUGCAAGAACCUAGAUUUAUUUCAUCUUUGACUGAUUACAAUGGAAGAUUCGAUGGUUUAGAAGUGAUUUCGCCGUUGGAAUUCGAAGUGGUGAUAUAUUUGAACCAAAUGGGAGUGUUAAACUUCGUAGACGAUGGCACGUUACCAGGAUGCGCCGUAUUGAAACUUAGCGACGGCAGGAAGCGAUCGAUGUCCUUAUGGGUCGAAUUCAUAACAGCUUCGGGAUAUCUAUCGGCGAGAAAAAUGCGAUCGAGAUUCCAAACCUUAGUAGCCCAAGCCUGUGAUAAGUGUUCGUACAGAGACAGUGUUAAAAUGAUUGCAGAUACGACAGAGGUGAAAUUAAGGAUACGAGAACGAUAUAUAGUACAGAUAACUCCGGCUUUUAAGUGUGCAGGAUUGUGGCCUAGAAGUGCAGCGCAUUGGCCUUUACCCCAAAUCCCAUGGCCGCAUCCCAAUAUCGUAGUAGAAGUUAAAACUGAAGGUUUCGAUCUUUUAUCUAAAGAGUGCAUAGCGUUGCAAGGAAAGCAAUCCGCAAUGGAAGGUGAUGCGUGGGUUCUUUCAUUUCUUGAAGCCGAAAAUCGAUUGCUGCAAGGAGGCUGCAGGAAACGGUGCCUUAGUAUUCUGAAGACUUUACGAGAUAGACAUCUAGAUCUACCUGGGAAUCCUGUAACCGGGUACCACAUGAAAACAUUGCUGUUGUACGAGUGCGAAAAACAUCCUAGAGAAUCCGAAUGGGAUGAAUCCUGCAUAGCGGACAGAAUCAACGGUAUUUUCCUGCAAUUAAUAUCGUGUUUACAGUGCAAACGGUGUCCGCAUUAUUUUUUACCCAAUUUGGAUUUAUUUAAGGGCAAAUCGCCUAGUGCGUUAGAAAAUGCGUCGAAACAAGUGUGGCGGUUGACUAGGGAAAUGUUGACGAAUUCUAGAUGUUUCGAAAAAUUGUAAUAGUAAGUACUAUUCAGUAUAUAAGUUCCCAAUUUCGGAUUUGUAAAUUUUUGUAUAUCUAUAUUAAAGUAUUUAUUUUUGUGAAAA